AUGCAGGAAGCUCCCGGUGUUCCGCGGCCCUCACGGCUGAACAAGUGGUGGCCUAUCAGCUUUUUCAUCGCCGCCAUCGUCUUCUUCGUCAUCGGUGGUGCUCUGAUGGGAACAUGGGUCGCCAACUCUUACGACGACUGUUCCUAUAGCAGCAGCUCCUAUUACAGCUACUACUCCAGCUACUCCUGCGUCGAUACGGACCUGGGCGAAUUCUACGCUGCCAUCGCCAUGUUCGUUAUCGGCGGUGUUCUCAAGCUCACUGCUUGGAUCCUCCUCAUCGUCUUCUGCGUCAAGCGCAGCCGCGCCAACCACCACACCGUCACAUACUACACCACUCCUGCCGUACAGCAGCCGCAGUCAUUCCAACAGCCUUACGCCGCGCCUCAGCCUACCUACGCCCCGCCUCACCAGGCUGCCCAGUUUCCUCGCUCGCCCGCCUCGCCCGGCCCCAGCUUCCCUGAGAUGGCCAAUCCCUCUUUGGCUGGUACACCUCCUCCGAAGGAGCCUGUUCAAACUGCAACUGCUUUCAAGUACUGUGGUCAAUGUGGAACCGCUGUGUCUAGCCGAUUCUGCCCUCAAUGCGGUACUCAGGGUUGA